UUCCUUCCAAAGUACUCAAUUUACACCUCACUCAUUCUCUCUCCCUCUCUCUCUAUUCGCUCUUGGGCAACCUCUUUUCGCCAUCGAAACCCCCACAAAAGUGUGGAAACGAACGAACACCUUCGAUCCACGUUUAGGGUUUGCUCCUUUGGAUUCGUAAGAGUCGUAGUGGAUAACAUGGAGGAGCUCCAAAUCCUCGACUUGUUUAGGGGCUAAUCGCGGCGGGGCUUCGAUCUUCCAUGGCGAAGCGCGUGUACCAAGUUUGGAAAGGGAACAAUAGGUUUAUCUUUGGUGGCAGAUUGAUAUUUGGACCAGAUGCAAAAUCACUUUUUAUCACCAUUUCACUAAUUGUUGUUCCUGUUGUGAUCUUUUGUGUAUUUGUUGCAAGAAAUCUCCUUCACAAAUUUCCAGAAUAUGAUGCGGGAUAUGCUGUUCUGAUUGUUGCAAUAGCCUUUACAAUUCAUGUGCUGCUACUGCUUUUUCUUACUUCAUCUCGAGAUCCAGGUAUUGUACCUCGUGCAUCACAUCCACCAGAGGAAGAAUUUUCGUAUAAUACUUCAGCCCCAUCUGAGAUUGGUGGGAGGCGUACACCUGGUCUACAAUUUCCGCGAAUAAAGGAAGUAAUGGUUAAUGGUAUGCCUGUGAAAGUAAAGUACUGCGACACUUGCAUGGUCUACCGGCCUCCUCGUUGUUCUCAUUGCUCCAUAUGCAAUAACUGUGUGGAACGCUUUGAUCAUCAUUGCCCUUGGGUGGGACAAUGCAUUGGACAGCGUAACUACCGCUUCUUUUUCUUAUUUGUUUCUUCGUCAGCUCUUCUCUGCAUUUAUGUGUUUGCAAUGUCGGCAUUAUACAUCAAGAUUCUCAUGGAUGAGGAUUAUCCUACUGUUUGGAAGGCAAUGAAAGAGUCUCCAGCAUCUGUGGUGCUAAUGAUAUACUGCUUCAUUUCUCUUUGGUUCGUGGGUGGUCUUACUGGUUUCCAUUUGUACCUCAUUGCCUCGAACCAGACCACUUACGAGAACUUCCGGUACAGAACCGACAACCGUCAUAAUGUCUACAGUCGAGGUUGUCUUAAGAACUUUCUAGAAGUCUUUUGCUCCAAGAUAGAACCUUCUAGAAACAAGUUCCGUUCCUAUGUACAAGAGGAAGUCGCAAGGCCUUCUCCUUUCAUUCAGAAUAGGGAGAUGGUGGCAGAAGACGAACCCCCUCGAGGCCCACGUGCAAAGGUCGAAGACGAUCUCGAGAUUGGUGGUGAUCUUUUGAAGAUUUCACGCCGUCAUCACUUUGAGGAUGUGGAUGAAGAGCUCAAUAGCAGAGACAGAAUGGUCAACUUGGUAUCAGAUUCCGAUCUUUCUGUUAUGGAUACACAAGGUCCUGUUAAUAAAAGGGAGGAACGAAGAAGUGGAAGUUGGAAUAUCUUGCCCGAAGUUCUCAGUGCGAGCUCUUCACUUUCUGAAGCUGGAGUUGUGUCCAGAAAGGAAGAACUUAAUCAGCCGUAGAUAUAUUCUAAAACCAAUUCCAUAUCUUGUAUCCUUUUGAGGCGAGAAGAAAAGGCAAAUUUGAGGAGGAAGGAAUGAAGUACCAUGGAGGUUCUUCCACUCGACAGCCUUUUGAGCUCUGUAUGUGCUCUCGGUUUUCCAAGUUCGUAUUUGCGUUAGUUUCAAUUAAAGAAGCGGAGGAAUUUGAAAGCCAUGCCAAGUGCUCUCUUUUCUUUUAUCUUGAUGCUUGUGUUUGUAGUGUUUUUUUUUGCAGGUGUUUCACAAUUCUUUCUGUAAAGCCCUAUUGCAGGAUAUUCAGAAUGUUAUGUAUUCUUCUUCUUUUUCUUCAUCUUCUGUUGCUUCUUUUUUCCUCUGAUAUCAAAACAUGUCAUGUAUGUAUUUCUGCUCAUUUCAGUUAACAAGGAAGAAGCUUGUAGAUUGUUGAUUUUCCUUCGAAGGCAUCUUGAAUAGUUAUAUGUCUAUGCCCUGUCAGUUC